AUGCCGCGAAUGCUUGAUUUGCCGGUUUAUUACACUGACGUUCAGUGGCGCGCAUUAAAAUCUAAAGCCAGAAACAACCAUCCAUCUAUUACACCUAGGAAUGCCGAGAUCAUCAUGGAGACUAUUAGAGUCUACGAUGCUAUUUUGAAAGAUCAGAAUCCGACACCUCUGCCUCAAUUUGCGGAUUCUAUCACAUAUGACAAGAGACAAGUCAAUAAGUUUGUACUUUACAACAGACACACAAAACACGAUCACAUCACCGUCAUGAGCCCUUGCUACCUUCCCAAGCGUCGCCCCGAAGCUCGCGUUGGCAAAGUUCCGAAGCAGGUUGACACGACUAUCAAACCAACAAGAGAUCCUAGAGGAUCCACAUUUGGCUUCAUUAGAGGGGCCGAAGUUGCUGUAGUCGAAGAGGAAAAAGAAGUAGGAGAAUCGAUUGUGGUGGAAGAUAAGACCGAGGGUGGGAAAAAGGUUUCGAUCAAGAAGAGCGGCCCGGCUGGGAGGAAAACUCUUGCUGAAAAGAAGAGAAGUUCACGUUUGAAGGCAAAAGUGGUCGCCAGCGACGAUUUCGUUAGGAGAAGCUCGAGGAGAAUUGGUGGUGCUGCAACUGUGAGUGCUGAUAUUGAUAUGGAUGCGGGGACCCCUGAACCGCAGAUUAUGACUCGGGAAAUGAGCAAGCUUGCUGAUUGUAGCUCUCCCGGGUCAAAGGAAGGGUUUUCUGAGCGCGAUGAGUUGGUCAGCGACUUCAAUGUUACAUACGGUCCUCCCAUCUCGUACAAAUCGCCAUACAGCCAUCCUAAACUCGUCUACCAAUCUCCAUAUGCACCUAUCCCAGACGCCUACGAAAACGUCGCAAGCCGCGAAACUACCAUAUCAGCUCCACCCACCAUCAUCCCAGAUGUCGAAGACCAGUUCCCUCGAAUCAACCGAUCAGCUCCACUCACAAUUACUCCAGACGCCGGCAACCACUCUCCAAGUCGGAAUACCACUAUCUCAUAUCCACCUGUAGUUAUUCCAGACAUCAACGACCAAUUCCCUAGUCGCCAAACCACCGCAUCAGCUCCAGGCUCCGUCAUUUCAGAUGCCGAAGACCAGUUACCAAGUGGCGAUACCACCAUCUCGUAUAUAUCUCAAUAAUGCUAGUUCUAUGAUUCUAGAAUCGUGAGGGAAGAUGAGUUCUAGGUAAUUUAGAUAGUUGAACUGCAGAGAAACGAUCAGUGAGUUUUAGGCUGGAACAUCAUUCACUUUAUGUAGUCACUGAAUCUGGGGUGCGUUAGAUAUCAUGAAAAAGCUUAUGUCAAGGCUCAGGAGGAGA